AUGUGCAUCGGUCUCAAUCGUCGUAUCAUCAGCAACAAUGCCUCUUCUGGAGUCGCUGCUAACGCAGCUCUGUUGAAUGUCUGGAAUGCCAAGCAACAGCAAUCCACGGACCUCCAGUCUUUGCUGCGUUCCAACAUGCCGUCUAACGAACCUUCCAGAAUGAGGCAAAACCCCACCAUCAAGGACCAGAAGCACCACAUUACUGUCCAACACAACUAUCACGACCAUGCCAACGAUUACGAGUCAGAACUCAAGCACGUUCCCGCCCGCGGAGGAGUCAUUACUCCCUUCCCACUCAAGCUCCACGCCAUGCUUGAAGCCGUUCAGAACGAAGGACUUGAGCACAUUGUCUCUUGGCAACCACACGGACGCUGCUUUGUUGUCCGCGACCCCAAGGCCUUUGUUCCAAUCUUGGACAAGCACUUCAAGGUUACCAAGAUUGCUUCCUUCCAACGUCAGCUCAACUUGUAUGGCUUUCAACGGAUCACCAAGGGACGCGACCGAGGAGGUUACUACCAUGAACUCUUCCUUCGUGGCAAGGUCUUUUUGGUCCAAAACAUCCACCGUGUCAAGGUGAAGGGAACCAAGAUUCGUGCUCGCUCCAACCCUGAGCAAGAACCAAACUUUUACGCCAUGCCGUUUGUUGGAACCAACAUGCCCUCUAUGGCUCCUCAAAUGAGCAGCGCCUCAGUCAUGAAUCAACAACUUUCCUUGCAAUCGUUGCUUGGAGACAGUGCCUUUGAUCCCGUGCCUAUCUGUAACAUGAGACCUGCGCCAUGGGACUUGAAGGCGACUGCCGCUCCUGUUGUCCCAAAGAAGGAAGAAUCACUCGAACCACUUCCGUGGGACGAUGUCGAUGAGAACUUUUUGGCAUCAGAUGCCGAUGAGUUCUUCAAGGACUUUGAUUUCCCAGCAGACUCAACUGCCUUCGCGGACAUUGAGGAUGACAAUGUCUUUGGAGACCUUUUGGAACAAAUUGUUGAUAUCUAA